CCUUCUAUUAUGGCCGUCAACAUGAGGACACUCGCCGGAAUUUUACUGGCUAUUUUGCAGUUCCAUGCGCUUAUACGUUGCGAUGAUAAAACGCCCAACAUUGCAAAUAUGGAUAACUCGUACAAAAGAUGUGAUGGAAAGCCGAAGGCCAGGCUUGACUUCUCGGCUGCAAAGACUGGAUCAAAUAAGCUGAAGCGUGUUUGCUAUUACACCCCAUUUCACCACGUGCAACCGAACCUCACUGCCUUGAAUCUGACACUAUGCACUCAUGUCAUAUACGGCUUUGCCCACGUCGAGAAGAACUUCACACUCGGUCCCAAAAACGCAACUCUGGAUCCGGGUCGGUACAAAAACUUCACAAGCUACGUGAAGAGCCUGCAUCCAGAAGUGAAGACGCUCCUGUGUGUCAGCGAGGGGAAUUUCAGUCUUAUGGUAAAUACUUCAAAAAACAUAAAAAAGUUUUUAAGGUCUACUAUGAAAAAGUUGCAAGCAUGGGGAUUCGAUGGCCUCGACGUCGACUGGGAAUUUCCGAAAAGGGACGACAGGAAAAACUUCGUGGUGUUCCUUCAGGAAGCUAAUGCCACUUUAAAAAAGAGUAAUAAGCUUCUGGCAAUUGCGCUGCCUGUGUGGUCCAGGUACAUAAAUAAGAGCUACAACGACACUGCAAUGGUGAAAAACAUGUCAGAUGCUAUUGACUUUGCAAACAUCAUGGCGUAUGACUACAACGUCUAUAACUACCGAUAUCGUAACUUCACGGGACCCAAUGCCCCCCUUUACCAGUGGACAAGCCGCACACCCGACGACAGCCAGCGAUAUGUCGAAUGGUCUGUUGAGUAUUGGUCUGAGACACUAAAAAUGCCGAAAGAAAAGAUUGUUGUUGGAAUCCCAUUCUUCGGUAGGAGAUUUAAUCUUACUGACGCAGCACAAAAGCACCAAUUUUGGGCCGGAGCCCAGAACAGCACUUUCGGCUGGGGAGGAAAAGUAACCUUCAAUUGGACAUGCAGCCACUUUCUUAACCGGAACGCAAUCGUAGUAUAUGACAACGCAAGUCGCACACCAUAUGCAUAUAACGUCAGGAAAUCAACAUGGGUUUCGUACGACAACAGAAAAAGCGUGUGCGAAAAGGUCAACUGGACAAUGUCUAACGGCUAUGGUGGUGUAAUGUCUUACGCAUUUGACAACGACGAUGUCCACAAUCACUGCGGAAUGGGAAAGUUUCCAUUACAGACCACGAUAUAUGACGCUGUGAGAUACAAAGAAAUACGUUCCAAUAGUAACACGUAUCCAGUAUUGGACUGCGAGAGGCUGUACCAAAACACCUAGUCUACAGUGAACUACCAUUACUGACCAUAAAUGAGACCAUAGAGAGCGUACUGUCAUCGACGAGUACAUCAAGAUUAAUGCUUGUAAGUGUCCCGCCCCCGUCUUUUGCUACACUCAUAGUUAUCUAUAUUUAAUAAACGCUGCAACACCAUUA